AAUAAGAAGACUAAAGUGGUCUUACAAAUCCUCUGAAAGGACCUCUCAUCGAUACCCCAAACCAGAAGGAGUGUUAGAAACAGAGAACAUUUGCUUUCAAGCCAAAUUUCACAGAAAAUAUUCACCUAGUGAUAGAAUCAUUGUUCCCGUGAUGAUGAAACCUGCCCAUGUAAGAUUGCUGCCUUCUACAUAAACCUCCUGUGUGCGAAAGAUUGGUAUAUGGCAGAAGGAUCAGCUGGCUACACAGAGGAGCAUGGUGGGGAGCGAAAGGGAGGCCACAAUAACAAGAGGAUGGCAUUAUGGCUGUUUCGUAGAUCAGGAAACGGGGGCUCAGAGAGGUUUCAUCACUUCUCCCAGGCCACACAGCUCCUCUUUGAACCAAGGUCUGUAUUUUCAAAAUGUAAAUGCUUCUACCACAUCUCCGACUUCCGCAGAGUACCUUAUAAUGCUUCAUCAUAUCAAUCUUGCCUUACACUAUCACAUGGAACAAGUUUUCUACACUGAGUGCUAAUAUUUCUCAGCUCCAAUCUCAAAUCUGUGAAGCUAACCAGGUUCCCUAACAGGCAUAAGGAAGAAACUGAGAAGGGGAAAGGAAAAUCACAAAGCUUCAUACACUGUCCUUGGAGGAGGGUAUGGAGAAGAGGAAAUUUAUGAGGAGGUAACAAGUCAGAGGCAUUUCAACAAUUAGUUAAUUAAAUUGGGGUAAAAUACACAACAAAAUUUACCAUCUUAACCAUUUUUAAGUGUGUAGCUCAGUAGCAUUAAAAUACAUUCACAGAGUUGUGCAGCCAUCACCACCUUUCACCUAGAAUGUCUUCUAUUGCUCCAAACGGAAACUCCACCAUGAAACACUAACUCCAUAUUCCUCCACCUGCAGUCCCUGGCAACUGCCAUUCUACCUACUUUCCGUCUCUGUGAAUUCGACUACUCUAGGCACUCUAUAUGCUGUCUGAAUGGACCUGUACAGCAUUUUCAUUUCUGUGACUAACUUAGCAUGUCACUUAGCGUAUUCAGUCCCAUUUUAUAAUGUAGCUGACUGUUCUAAGGGCUUGUUGUAGACGCUUAACCCUGGGACCCUUUAAUGAGAACCCUGGGACUUUACAAUUCUGCAUAAGCAGAGGUGGACGUCAGGCACUCUUUAGACGUAGGAGAUGCAGUGAAAGCACGUACAUUUUGAGGAACACAGAUCUGGGCUCAAAUAAAAGCUGUAUGGCUUUGGGCAAGUGACUAAAUCUGAGUCUCAGUUUUUUCUUGUCUGUAAAAUGCCCUCUGAUUUUUCUUGCGAGCAUUCAGUCAGCACAUGCUAGGAUCGGCAAAAAUACUUCAAGGCAGCAACUCUACAAAAUCGAGGCCUCUGUUGGGAAUAACAUCAAGCAGUUGAUAUUUGCUGUUUUGUUCACUUGUCUCAGAACAUGUUUUGGGGAAAACCAAGGGAGAGAACAAACUCAAGAGGGAGCAGAGUGACGACAGUCCUCCAGGUCUGGGAAGGAUAUUUCUAAUGCCUGAGGAGAGUUCUUUGAUUUCUAUGAUCCCAGGCUCUCAGCUCCUGCGCUUUAAAAUAUGGCUUCUACAAGCAAUGUGACUGAAAUCAUUUUCUUGGGGUUCUCCCAGAAUUGGAAUGAGCAGAGGGUCACUUCUGUGGUGUUUCUUCUCAUGUACAUAGCCAUUGUGCUGGGCAAUGGCCAUGUGGUGACUAUCCUGGCCAGCAAAGGGCUCACCUCCCCCAUGUAUUUCUUCCUCAGCCACUCAUCCUCUAUGGAGAUCUGUUACUGUUCUGUCAUGGCCUCCAAGCUUAUCUUUGACUCUUUUACCAAGAGGAAAGUUAUGUCUCUCAAGGGCUGCAUCACACAGAUAUUUUUCCUCCAUUUCUUUGGUGGCACUGAGAUCUUCCUCCUGAUGGUGAUGGCCUAUGAUUGCUACAUGGCCAUCUGCAAGCCAUUUUACUACACUGCCAUCAUGAGCCAGCAGAUGCGUGGCCUCCUGCGGGCAGUAGCAUGGGGCGGGGGCCUGCUGCAUUCUGUUGGGCAAACCUUCCUCAUUUUCCAGCUCCCUUUCUGUGGCCCCAGCAUCAUCUACCACUACUUCUGUGAUGUCCACCCAGUACUGAAGCUGGCCUGUGCGGACACUGUCCUCAUUAGCCUGCUGAUCAUCACCAAUGGUGGCUCCAUCUCUGUGGUCAGCUUCUCAGUACUGAUGGCUUCCUACCUGAUCAUCCUGCACUCCCCGAGGAGCCACAGCUCGGAGGGGCGGCAAAAGACCCUCUCUACCUCUGCCUCUCAUGUCACAGUUGUGGGCCUGUUCUUCAUACCUUGCUCCUUUGUCUACAUGAGGCCCUGUGUCACCCUCCCUGCAGACAAGAUAGUUGCCAUAUUUUACACGGUGGCCACACCUCCCUUAAACCCUGUCAUUUACUCCUUCGGGAAUGCUGAAGUGAGAAACGCCAUGAGGAGACUCAUAGGGAGAAAAGUAAUUUGGGAAGAGAUGCAGAUGAUCUAG